CGGCGCUUAUAGACGCCAUCAAUCACACAUGCGCGUUGGCGUCUGAGCAACGCCCACAUUGGAAUGGUUAGACGUGAAGACGCUUAAUGCGUCUUGAAGCUUGUGCCGUGAAGACGGCGUGAGGUUUCCCGGAAGCCGCAGCAGCGCGGUGGGCUUUUUCGAUUGCAGAUCGUUGGCGCAAGGCUCUAGCUGUGCUCAAGUUCUGCGAAGACUCUCGCCACUCGGCAGACAUGAGCGGCCCAGUCCAACGUUUUAGACGCACCAUGCACGGAUUUGGAAGCCACGUGGAAAUGAAGACAGUGGAGUUCUUGGAGAAGCUCGAGAAUUGGCAUGCUUGCGCCUGGUGUAGUGUUGUGUCCUCAGAAAUGUUGCUACUCGACUGUCGGCACGUCAUAUGUGACCUCUGCUACGGCGGACGUCGUGCGCGUAUAAGGAACGUUAAAAGCAGAUCAUCCGAUGUUUUUUGCUGCGAAUACUUCGUAAGCCAUUCUCCGUUCCGACCGGAAACCGGGCACCCUGGCGGCAAGCGAGUACGUUGCAUCAACGCUGGCUGUGGCUGCGACUUCGUUGGAGCUCUGAGCGCCUUGGACGAACACCUGCGGAAGAGCUGCGCCCUGUACUCGGCGACGUGCUCCAAAUGCGGAGACACCUUUGCCUACAAGGACUUUCGGAAUCACUACACUGCAUGCAGCGGCAAACGAGGAGUCUUUCUUCGCGCCGUGGACACUCGCUCCCUGCUUGACAACCUGGGAGCCGCACACGGAAAGCUCGAGCUGGCUGUCGCCUCUGCCGAGCCGGACCACGACAACGCGCUCCGGGACACGGUCUGUCUGUUAAGCGAACAGAUCGCCCGGAUUCAAAGCCAACUGGAUACGGCCGUCCCGGGGCACAUGACGGCGAGCAGUGCCCCUCGUAUGGGCAAGUGAAGACCAUGGCGUGGACAGCGAUGCUGCUGUUUACUCUGGAAGGAUAUUAAUUGUUGUGAAAUAAACUGCAUGAAUAUUUC